UCCUGGCGUGGCGGACUGAAGCGCCCCACAGAUGAGAAAAAAGACUUUGUGGAAUAACUCCCGAGGAAUGUUCUGGCCCCGCUCCGAUCUUCAUGUCCGUGUUCUGGGUUCGUGGUCCGGAACUUUGCCGCAUCCCGACAGCGUGAGAGAGAGACCUUGGCAGAGCAGAAAGUCCUGGAAUGAGUUUAGGGGAGCCCACCUUGUCUCGGGGGGCCGUGUCCUUCCUGGGCCCCUCGUGGGCUGGCGGGACCCCCAGCCCCGCCGCCUCCAGCCCUGACUUGGGUUUCGAGCGGAACCUCCCCGAUGACCCCGGAGUCCCCGGGAGAGCGGAGUCCAAGAGCACCGCCUCGGUCGGGUCCGGCGGGGGCCAGAGUCCAGACUUGGCGGGAGGCGACGGGAAGGGCGAGCAGAGGAUCCGCCGGCCCAUGAACGCCUUCAUGGUUUGGGCCAAAGAUGAGCGGAAACGACUGGCCUUGCAGAACCCAGACCUGCAUAACGCCGUGCUCAGCAAGAUGCUCGGCCAGACGUGGAAGGCGCUGACCGCCACGGAGAAGCGGCCCUUCGUGGAGGAAGCGGAGCGCCUGCGCAUCCAGCACCUCCAGGACCACCCCAACUACAAGUACCGCCCCCGUCGCAAGAAGACCACCAAGAAGCUGAAGCGCGUGGACGCGGGGCUCCUGCUUCACGGCCUGGCCCAGACCGGAGGCCCCGCACACGGGUUGGGUCCCGGCGGGGAAGGCGGACACGGAGCGUCGCCUUACGGACACCCGGGGACUCACCACCAGCGCUCCCACCACCUGCUGCCCGCUCUGGGCCACUUCAGGGACCUGCAGGCCCCGGGCCACCAGGACCUGGAGAGCUACGGCCUGCCCACGCCGGAGAUGUCCCCUCUGGACGUCCUGGAGAACGGGGCCGGUGAGUCGGUGUUCUUCCCUCAGCAUGCGCAGGAGGAGGCUGGGAUGGGAGGCUGGGGGGGCUACCACCACCACCACCACCACCACCAUCACCAAACCCCGCAUUACUACGGCAACCACCACAACCCUGGGAUGACUUUGAGUCCGGGCAGGAACUCCAGAAUGGUGGAGGCAAACAUGGCAUCCAACAUGAGCCCCGCCCCUUCCGGCGUCCCAAUGAGGAUGAACUCGGGUCGCCACGUGGCGUUGAGGAGUCCAAUGAAAUGUCCGCCGCCCCCGCAUGACUUAGCGCCCUACCCUCAGUCCUCAAUCAGCCUGGCAGAGACCGUCAAACCGCACCAAGGCUCCCUUCCCGUGGCCUACUUCGGCCAAAGGUACUCUAAUUUCACCCCGACUCACCUGGGCCAGCUGUCGCCUCCCCCCGAGACCUCCCCCACGUCCUUCCUGCCCCCCGGCCACGCCGCCGACCCCUCAAAUCACGAAUCCGCCGGGCACCUGGGGUCCCCCUCGGCCGCGGACUUCUGGUCCGAGGUGGACAGGCACGAAUUCGACCAGUACGUGAACGCGGCCAGGAACCGGGACGAGGCCCACGGAGCGUCCAAAGUCCUGGUGUGGCGAGGCGGCGGCGCCAGCAGGGACGGCGGCGAGGAGGGAGUCAGUCCGUUGAUAUCGGCGCUUUCUGACGCCAGCAGUGCCGUCUAUUACAGCGCCUGCAUCACCGGCUGAACCCUCAGUUGAGUCCAAACCCCCCAAAUCUCCUCCUACCUGCAAGUCAUCAACUUUUUAGGACUAUUUCCGGUCAAUGCUGUCAAUUGGCGUUUACGUCCCAAAUGUAAACACGUAUUAUUAUUAUUAUUAUCCUCCAGAUACGCCGUGUUCUCUGCAGUGGACGUUUGUGUUUUGCAUAACAGGACCAAAAAAAAUAAAGAAGAUGACCUAACUUGU